UUUGCAAUUUAUGUAGGUUUAUUUUAAGUUUAUUCUGGUAAACCGACCGGCCCGGCGCCUCUUCACGUUCGUCGGUGGGCGUAUUGAGUUUAUAAUAAUUGGUGUGCCGCAGAUAAGGGGAAUUCGUAAACAAACGACGGCAAACGCAAACAAACAUGUUGACACUCGGCUCGAAACGCCCGGGGUUCCAAUCAGUCGUGUUGUGGAUGUUCGCCUAGCCGGAGCCCUCGAUUUCUGCGGAUUGUGCGUGGUGCGGGUUUAAAUUAGUGCUAAAAAUGCGACAAGUUCCCAAGCCUUCUAAUUAGCUGACAUGCGAAAUUGAUGAUUUUUUUUUAACAAAAAAAAAACGCUAAUGUAGCAAGUUCCAAUUGGAAGAGAAACGUGAUCUCGGGCACUAAACACAUGGAUACUAAAAACACUUGCACUUACAGCCGUUUGCAUGUGUGAGUCAAACACAUGCUUUUUUGCUUGAGUUCGCAUUUUUUGUGAAUGAACUGGAAAACGCGGUAAUUUAGCACCGAUAAAACGCAAUUAGUAUUGAUCUUUGUGGCGCGGUUAAACGUAAUUACGGCAGAAUGAAGGCCACCAUCGAUAAGGAGCUGCUGCCCAUGAAGGCGCACUAUUUUCUCUUCAAUGCCGGUACCGCUCCCGUCGUCCCCUUCAUGCCCACUCUGGCCGGACAGCUGGGAUACUCCCCCGCGGUGGUGGGCACCAUGUACAUGAUUCUGCCCAUCAUUGGAAUGCUGGCGAAGCCCCUAUUCGGCUACAUUGCAGACCGGUUCCAUCGGCAUCGCUCCCUCUUCCUUGGGGGCCAGGUGCUCACCGGCAUUGCCUUCUUCCUGAUCAUGUUCGUGCCGGGAAUGGAGAAACCGCUGCCCAAGGUGGAGUUCCACUGCCACUCGGGUGUAUCCAACGUGCGAUUCUGCUCCGGCUUUGGCGAGUGCGUGGAGCGGAAUCUAGAGCGAUACUACGGAAAUCAGUCGCUGAACUGCCACCUGAACUGCGAGGCUAAGCCCUUCAUGUGGGACAUUGUGUGCCAGGAUUGGUUGAAGAACAAUACGGACAACUGUGCCGCAAAUCGCACCAAUCCUCAAAUGGAGUUUGGAACGAGCAUCAGCAUGGCGGAGAUUUUGCCCGAGAAGGAGUGCUUGUUUUUCAUGAUUCCCCAUGAUCGCGGCCAAAUUGCUGGUCAGAAUGUAACAUUCAAUUGUCCAGCGAACAAGGAGUACUUCGCAGCCAAUUGCACCAUGGACUGCCAGGAGGAGUACAUCAAGGAACAGCUGGCGGAGAGUGCGGUGAUCAACACAAGUAGUGCCUUGUCCAUGCCGAAGUUCUGGCUGUUCUUCGGCCUGCUCAUCUUCAGCUGGAUUGGCAUGGCGGUGGUGGUCAGCAUCGGUGAUGCCAUCUGCUUCGGCAUCCUCGGGGAUCGCCAUCACCUGUAUGGCAAGCAGCGCCUGUGCGGCUCCCUCGGUUGGGGAGUCUUUGCCCUGUUGGCCGGCGUCCUCGUGGAUCACAUGUCCGUGGGUGAGGUGAACAAGAACUAUACGGCCGUGUUCUGGAUGGCGCUGAUUAUCAUGGGAUUCGACGUGUUCGCCUCAUCCAAACUGAGGCACACGCAAACCCAUUUGUCGUCCAACAUUGUCAAGGACGUUGGUCAAAUGUUCCUCUCAGUGCGCUGUGUCAUCUUCUUCCUGUGGUGCGUGGCUAUUGGACUCGGAACGGCUUUGAUUUGGAACUUCCUGUUCAUCUACUUGGAGCAGCUGGACAAGGCGUUCGAGGGAUGUGACAGCUCGAUCAAAACCCUGGAGGGUUUGGUCAUGGGGAUUCAGUGCUUCGGCGGAGAACUGCCGUUCUUCUUCCUGUCCGGAUGGAUCCUGAAGAAGAUGGGGCAUGUGAACGCCAUGAGUCUGGUGCUUUUCGGAUUUGGAGUGCGAUUCAUUUUGUACUCGAUGCUGCAGAACCCCUGGUACAUUUUGCCCAUCGAACUGCUGAAUGGCGUCACCUUCGGGUUGUUUUACGCCACAAUGGCCUCAUACGCGAGCAUUGUGGCUCCACCUGGAACGGAGGCCACCAUGCAGAGUCUGGUGGGCGCAAUUUUCGAGGGUGUCGGUGUGUCCAUGGGAAGUCUGAUUGGAGGCCAGCUCUUUGAGGCGGUCUCGGCACGCACGACCUUCGAGAUCUUUGGAAUAGGUGCCUUCAUUAUCUUCGUGAUCCACGUCUCGAUUCAACUGUACCUGCAGCGCAACAGGAACAUUGACGAAAAUGGUAAGGGUAGGGUCUCUUCCGCAUCCGCCACUGCCACUGCCCCAGCCACUGCGUCCUUGGAGACAGACAGGCCCAAAAACACUGACCAUAAAGACGGUGACGGUUUCCGCGAAGUCGACUUGAGUUGAUGCUGGCCAAGGUCCCCCCUUAUAACAUUUUUUAUUGAACAAACGAAAAGGCUAGCUCCCUGAAUUUAUUUAAGUAUUAACCGUUUAAAAUACAGUGUAGAUAGAUUUUUAUCUAUUUGAAUUUUUAUUUGGCAAGUGUACUUAAAAUGCCCUCAAACAAAGGAAAUCGACAUACUAUUACCACUCGAAAACCAUCCUAUGAUUUUUAAGAUCUGCCAUAGAUUAUAUUGUAGAUAACUGACUCAAAAUGAAUUUAAAGCUCACUUGCCUGAUUAAGUAAAAUUGAAUGAAUUUAGCAAAUCACAACGGAACUUGAUAUUCUUAUCAUUAUUUUUUUAAUUUAAAUGUAUGUGAACUGAAAUCAAACAAAUAAAUCGACUGUUCAUAUUCUCUAAUGAAGAUGAAAAAAUAAUUUAACUAAGCACAAUAAAAUAUAUUUGUGGGGAAACAAGAAA